CAAUCCAGCUCAUACUGAACCUCCGGUCUGGAGCGGGGGCGGCGGAAAGCUACAGCCACGAUCAAAUCCGGCCUUUUGAUAGCAAACACAUGAUAUUACUUAAGUAUACAUGGAAUGGAGAACUGUUAACUUGACGGAAACUCAUCUGGGCAAGUUUUAUGGAUUAUUUAUGGAUUACUAAACAGAUAUUUGUUGACUUCGAGAGGGCCAUUUAAGAGGAAACUUUCUCGGGUUUUCCAUCACAUCAAAGCUGGCUACUACAGGCCAACCCGACAUCGUGAUGGGAAUUUCACAUGAGUUGAUUGCAGUGCGGCUAGGCAACCCGGAUUUCAAGACUCUCGUAUCAGCAUGCCUCGUCUUCACGCUUGCCUACGGGGCUUCGAAGGUCCUCACGGCAUUAUGGCAUGGCUUUACAGGCCCCUUGGCCAAGAUACCCGGACCCUGGCUCAAUAGGUUCACGGCUUUGCCCUGGAUGGCGGCAGUUGUCAGAGGCAAGGCAUUCGAGCAGGGAAUCAACUACAAUCGCAAAUACGGCGACAUUGUCCGAGUUGCUCCUGAUCUGGUUCUUGUGUCCGACGAAAAGUCCGUCCAACAGAUUCUAGUAGGCAUGGAUCUCCGAAAGAGCGUUCUAUACGAAAAGUUUAGCCAAAACGAAGACGGCGUGACGCUCUUCACCAUGCGAGAUCGGGCGCAGUACCGCACCCGACGAAGGCUCUUCUCGCACGGCUUCUCCAUCAGUUACCUCAAGGGCCUCGAACCGCUGAAGGUAUGUUGCAUUGAAGCGCUUGAGGAGUUCAUCGACAACCAGUGCGCUCGGGAUGGAGGUGAGACCGUCAUUGAUGCCUGGAACCUGAUGGGUCGUCUGGCGUCCGACAUCAUGAGCGCGACUGCGUUUGGGGGCUCGUUUGAGUUGGUGAAGAAUGGGGAGCAUCCUAUUCGCAAGAAGUUUUCAGAGAGCUUCAAGAGAGGCACCAUCUAUCAACUUCUCCCUUUCUUGAAGUACAUCCCCUUCCUACCAAAGUUUCGCGAUCCCGAGCUCGCUCAACUCAUCAGCGAGAUUAUUGAAAAGAGACAGGCGUCAACCGACAAGUUAGCCAAACCUGACCUGCUACAGCUCCUCCUCGACACGCACGAAAAGAACCCAGAGACUCUGUCGCGUAUCGAGGUGUUUUCCGAGAUGCUGGUCUUCUGGCUGGCGGGCAGCGAGACGACCGCCAGCACGCUCACUUUUGCAAUGAUGUUCUUGCUCAACGACCCACCAUCCUACCAAAAACUUAUUGACGAGAUUCGCGGGAGGUUUCCCUUGACAGAUUCGCCUGUUUCGGACGACCAGACGACGGAUUUGCCGUUCUUGCACGCGGUUCUGAAGGAGACGAUGAGGCUUGCUCCUCCGGCGACCGGCGGGCUUCAGAGGCAGACUGACGAGGAUGUGAUUCUGUCCGAUCACCUGAUACCAGCUGGUACUAGAGUGACUGCAAACACCACUGUCCUGCAUUGGGACGAGAAGCAGUGGCCUGACGCAGAGAAGUUCGUCCCCGAAAGAUGGCUGUCUAACUACAAGGGCGUGGCCGCCAGCGAGAGAACGGCGUACUACCCCUUUUCUGCGGGAUCGAGAAACUGUAUUGGAAAACAGUGAGUCUCCUGGAGGCUAUCACUAUCGAUGUAAUGCUAAUAAAGUGAACAGAUUUGCAUGGACGGAGCUGCGGCUCACGCUCGUGUCUUUACUUCGGCGGUAUGACUUGUCUCUCAUCCCCGACCAGUCUCAUGAACUUGUUCACUUCACGGUCCUACAUCUGAAGGC